AUGUCGGGACAUCUUAAACGCAAGAGACCCCGUGAAGACGAUCUCGAGGUGCUCGAGGAGCGUAUCAUAAGAGUGGAAGCACAGCUGGCUCUAUUUGCUGCCGGACGCAAUGAGUCCGAUGACAAGCCCGAUGACACGGUCCCGAAGCUCAAACUCCCGCUUCGUUCUCUCCGUCCUUGUCUCUUCGACGAACAUGACGACAGCGCCAGAGCUACGCCCUCAUUUAGCGCAUUCCCCAAGACCUCCACCGCCGAGCUCCCACCCACCAUUCCUGGCUGGCUCAAGCAAGCUUUCGACGCUUGUGCGGACGAUGUUAGCGAUGAAGCUAUCCCCGCCUGGAAUUUCCAUAACGAGCAGGAGUGCAAGCUGAAGGUCGUCGUCUCGAAUCUUCGGAAAAAACGCCAGGUUUUGGACAAGGCGCACACAAGACUGGUCGCUGCCUUCGACAAUCUUACUUCGGAGGAUAAGACGAAGGUCGAGGAAUCGUACAGGGUAAGUUUUCGCAACUUCACACUGUACGCCAGGGCUUUUCUGAUCAACAAAGUGACCACUACCUUCGAUCAAGCAUGGGCGCAUGCUUGCGCUAAGCACCAAAAGGGCGUGGACGAAUUCAUCAGAGCCGACACCAUCUGCGAUGAUUCUUUUAUCGAAAGAGAACAGAGGUUCAACGAGCAUUCCACAAAGUACCUGCAAAAGUUUCAAUGGGUUAAUCCGUGGAUUAUGGUAGAAGAUUCACACACAAUCAAGACCGAGGAGUCAGGUAAGUAA